AUGGCGGGGGUUAUACACGGUCAAGGCCACGGGGAUGUGUCUGUUCAGGAGAACGGAAAGAGAAGAAAACUUCACGGACGCGCAUUCUAUGAGAGUAUCGGGAGUCCGAAGCUAGUACUCGCGCCUAUGGUCGAGCAGUCAGAGUUCGCAUGGCGAUUACUGUCGCGCUCGUUCCUUCCCGAGUCUCAGCAGAAGAACCUCCUAGCGUAUACCCCGAUGUUCCACUCCAAGAUGUUCGGUGAAAAGAGCAACUACCGCGAUGCUCACUUUCAGCCUCUCAAAUCGACUAUUCCGUCACCCACCGACUACUAUCACCUCGCACAACUACCCGACUCAGAUAGACAUCUAGACGGCAACCCAGCAUUUGACAGACCUCUUACAGUACAGUUCUGCUCAAACGACCCCGAAGAUUUCUUGCGGGCUGCGAAACAUGUUGCGCCUUUUUGCGAUGCGGUAGACCUGAAUCUGGGAUGUCCACAAGGUAUUGCGAAGAGAGGCAAGUACGGCGCUUUUCUACAAGAGGACUGGGACCUGAUAUCAAGGAUGAUACGCAAGCUGCAUGAGGAGUUGGAAAUUCCGGUUACAGCAAAGAUGAGGGUGCUUGAGACACCGGAGAAGACUCUGGCAUACGCAAAAACACUACUAGAUGCCGGCGCAAGUAUCAUCACAGUACACGGCCGACGGAGAGAACAGAAGGGCCACAACACAGGACUGGCAGAUUGGAAGAUGAUUCGGCAUCUACGGGAGAACCUUCCCAAAGAGACUGUUAUAUUCGCCAAUGGAAACAUCCUCCAGCACGAAGACAUUGCGACAUGUCUGGAAGCGACAGGUGCAGAUGGCGUCAUGAGCGCAGAAGGAAACCUUUACGAUCCGACCAUAUUCGCCGCACCACCUCCACCUGGUCAGGAAGGACGAGAGUACUGGCGCGGGCGCGACGGAAAAGGCGGAUAUAGGAUGGACGCUGUGAUGCGACGAUACAUGGACAUCAUUCACAAAUACGCCCUCGGCCAGGAACCACCACAACGGAAACCACUUUGGAUGCCUGGAGAUAUCGAAGAGCUGCCACAAGAAAACACCAACAACGCAGCGGAGAAUGGCAAGAGAGCAGGAGAUGAACAAGACGGCCCACCACAGAAAAAGAGAAAGCCAAUGUCUAAAUCGGAAAAGAAGAAAGAGGCGUCGAAUCCCAACCUCACGGCUAUGCAAGCACAUCUUUUUCAUCUCCUACGUCCUCUCGUCUCGCAACAUCAUAAUGUGCGCGACGCACUCGCUCGAUCACGGACAGGCGAUAUCGACGCGUUUGAAAACGUGCUGAGCCUUGUAGAGAAAGCCGUCAAAGAGGGUAUCCAGAAGUAUGAAGAGGAGCAUGCCAACGAGACGGCUUCCGCGCCAGAACAGCCCGCUACGAUGGAGGAGAUCACAGGAGAAAACUUGGAUCCGUACGAAUCUUCCCUCGCAACUGUAGCUCGCGUCAAAAGACCAUAUUGGGUCUGUCAACCGUAUGUCAGACCGCUGCCUAAGGAAGCAUUGGAGAAGGGGAGUAUGACGGUUAGCAAGAAAGAGAAGAAGAGGCUAGAACAAGAGGCAGAGAAGUUGGCUAAGAAAGAUGAAGAUGAAGUCAAAGCCGUGGGGCUCGAGCCUGGGGGCAGGGUGGAGGAGAAGGUUGUGGAUGAUGUGAAUGGGAAGAGUGAGAUUGUAGAGGAGCCCAGGGAUGGACUGGUUGCUGGAUAA